ACUGGAUAGAGCAAUACCAGGUAGAAUGAUAUCAGGUAGAAUGAUACCAGGUAGAAUGAUAUCAGGUAGAAUGAUACCAGGUAGAAUGAUAUCAGGUAGAAUGAUACCAGGUAGAAUGAUAUCAGGUAGAAUGAUACCAGGUAAAACAAUACUAGAUGGAAUGAUACCGGGUAGAAUGAUACCAGGUAGAAUGAUACUGGAUGGAGCAAUACCAGGUAGAAUGAUACCAGGUGGAACGGUACUGGAUGGAGCGAUACCAGUUACAAUGAUACCAGAUAGAAUGGUACUGAAUGGAGCGAUACCAGUUAGAAAGAUACGAGUUAGAAUGAUACCAGUUACAAUGAUACCAGUUAGAAUGAUACCAGGUAGAAUGAUACCAGGUAGAACGGUACUGGAUGGAGCGAUACCAGUUACAAUGAUACCAGUUAGAAUGAUACCAGGUAGAAUGAUACCAGGUAGAACGGUAAUGGAUGGAGCGAUACCAGUUACAAUGAUAUCAGGUAGAAUGAUACCAGGUAGAACGAUACUGAAUAAAGCGAUACCAGUUAGAAUGAUACAAGGUAGAAUGAUACCAGGUAUGACAGUACUGGAUGGAGCGAUACCAGUUAGAAUGAUACCGGGUAGAAUGAUACUGGAUGGAGCGAUACAAGUUAGAAUGAUACCAGGUAGAAUGAUACUGGAUGGAGCGAAACAAGUUAGAAUGAUACCAGCAAUACCAGGUAGAACAAUAAUAGGUAGAAUAAUACUGGACAGAGCGAUACCAGGUAGAAUGACAUCAGGUAGAACAGUACUGGAUGGAGCGAUACCAGGUAAAAUUAUACAAGAUAGAACGAUACUUGAUGGAGCAAUACCAGGUAAAACGAUACAAAAUAGGCCAAUACUGGAUGGAGCAAUGAUACCAGGUAGAAUUAUACUGGCAGAGCGAUAACAGGUAGAACAAUACAAGAUGGAUAGAUGGAUGGAUGGAUGGA